CUCGUGUCAUAUUUAUCAAUAAAACACCCUAAUAUUUGUGAAAUCCAAAGAAAGAAGGAAUCUCAGAGCAAUGAAGCUCUCCGGCCAACCACCGACACUCUUCUUCUUCUCCUCCGUCGAAAAAUCCAAGCUUUGAAUGCACAGAGAGAGAGAGAGAGAGAGAGAGAGAGAGAGAAAGCUUUCAAUGUUCUCCAGCCAUGAAGAUGAAGAGAUGGUGUGGAGGUUCUUUGAUCCUCUUCCUUGCUCUCAUGCUCACUCUCAGCUACACCCUCUUCCCUUCCACCAUUAAAGCGCCACCGCCUUCCUCCGCCGCCGGGAUCCAUCCUCCACCCUCUCCACCGCCUCCUCCAAAGCCGCAACUCCUUGUCUCCCUCCCAGGUCUUGCUGAUCUUUUCUCCCGUUCCUUUUUGGGUCUUGAUCACAAUCUUGCUUGGUCCCACUUGCGAACCCUUCUCUCCCGCUCCGACGCGAUCUCCGGCACCGCCGAUGGCGUUCGGGAGGGCGCCGUGGCUUGGCGCGAGCUGCAGGACACUCUAGAGGCUGAAAAACUAGAAAAGGUGGCGCCUUGGAGGAAAAAGUGCCCGUUUUUGGCUGGUGGGAAUGAAGGGUUUGUUGAAAUCCCUUGUGGGUUUGUGGAUGGCUCGGCAGUGAGCAUUGUGGGAAUUCCUGUUGGUUUUAAUGGAAGUAGUACUGGUGCUUUCAGGAUUGAGCUUGUUGGUUCUGGGGUUUCUGAUGAGAUCCGAGAACCACCAAUUGUGCUCAGAGUCAAUGUUAGCUUCGGAGGUGAUGCCUCGAAAGAGCUACCAGUUGUUUCGAUGAAUUCCUGGUCUCCUGAUGAAGGAUGGGGACCUUGGGAGCAAUGCCCAGCUCCUGCCAUUGUUGCUCAUCCGAAAGUUGUUGAUGAGCUUGUUAGAUGCAAUGAGGGGAAUGGAGAGAGUGUGAUGCAAGAGAAGAUAAAUGUGAGUGUGACACCUUCGCGAACAUCGAAAGGGAGUGCUCGAAUGAGUGAUAACAUGCCAUUUGUUGAAGGACAUCCUUUUAGUGCCACAUUGUGGACUGGAAUGGAGGGGUUUCAUUUGACUGUCAAUGGGAGGCAUGAGACAUCUUUUGCUUAUCGAGAGAAACUUGAUCCUUGGUCGGUCAGCGGAGUCAGAUUGGAGGGUGAUUUGGAGAUCUUGUCUUGCAUAGCUAAUGGUUUGCCGGUCUCUGAGGAUCUUGAUGUAGUCAGUGAUAUCGACUCCUUGAAGGCUCCUCCUCUGCCAAAGAAAAGGAUUUUAAUGCUUGUUGUGGUUUUCUCAACGGGGAAUAAUUUUGAGCGCCGAAUGGCAAUACGGAGGUCUUGGAUGCAAUAUGAAGCGGUGCGAUCGGGAGAAGUAGCAGUGAGGUUUUUUAUAGGUCUUCACAAAAACAAGCAAGUGAAUUUAGAACUAUGGAAAGAAGCUCAAACUUAUGGUGAUAUCCAGCUUAUGCCUUUUGUCGACUACUACAGCUUGAUCACUUUGAAGACAAUCACUAUGUGCAUCUUUGGGAUCAAGAUAUUGGCUGCAAAAUAUAUUAUGAAAACCGAUGAUGAUGCUUUUGUUAGGAUUGAUGAAGUGCUCUCUAGUCUCAAGAAGAAUGUUCCCCAAGGUCUCUUGUAUGGUCAAAUAGCAUUCGAAUCCUCGCCACACAGAGAUAAGGAUAGCAAAUGGUAUAUCAGCCCAGAGGAAUGGCCGCACGAUUCAUAUCCACCUUGGGCGCACGGCCCUGGAUACAUCAUUUCCCGGGAUAUCGCAAAGUUUGUCGUUCAAGGUCACCAAGAAAGAAAUCUCCAAUUGUUCAAACUUGAAGAUGUUGCAAUGGGCAUUUGGAUUCAAGAAUACAAGCGGAGCGGCAAAGAAGUAAACUAUGUAAGCGAUGAUCGAUUUCACAACGAAGGCUGUGAAUCGAAUUAUGUUCUUGCUCACUAUCAAGUGCCAAGAACACUCUUGUGCUUAUGGGAUAAUCUACGACGAAAUCACGAACCGAUAUGUUGUGACUAACAAGAACAAAGAAGAUCAUGAAGUUUCAGUGUUUUCAAACAAGUGUUGUAACUUGUAGCCAUUGUUUUGUAUCAAGGCUUUGUGUCUGAUAGACUGAUACUUGUUUGAAUUCAACUAUUUUUUUGUUUGUAAAUUAUUUUUUUAAUUA